AUGGAGAAUGAAGGUUUUGACAGGCCAUUUCGAUUUAUAAUCACUGGCCGAUAUCUUGCCGUUCAUUAUAACGGUAGCGACUUUGAGAUAUCCAGAGACUACCAUGCCCGUGGUACACUGUUUUACCUUUCUGAUGACGAAACAAAAAUAAUUCAUAAUAACAACUAUAUCGCCGAUCUUACCGACUACCCCGACUACGAAGGGGAUCUAUUUUACAUUAGCAAGGAAUCGCAGUACCUAGCUCAAGAUGGGCAAUGGACAGACAGUGUCCAAGAUGCCAUCAAAUUGCAAAUAGAUCCCGAGGGAGACUAUGGCGACGCUGGACGCCCUAUUCCCCCAUCAAUUCCUCAUCCAAUUGUUGAUACGAACAAUCCUAUUUCCGCUGACGGGGUUGAUCUCUACCAUCCCGAUAAAUGGUUCUCAUUAUAUCUCAUCACUGGCGGUCGUCUUUGGCUAGGUGAUGCUAGGGAAUUUGAAAACGUGUUGUCUUUCGGGACGAACCCGUACAGUGAUGGGAUCCCCUUUCAGCUCUCCAAACAUGAAGGGAAGACACGGAUCCAAUCCUAUGAUGGCAAAUAUCUGACCGCCAUGAUGGAAGCUGAUCUUGCCACGCACCUUGAUGAAAGCUGUAAGCAACAUACUAAGCUCAGUCAAUGCUCUCGUUGCAUGGGAUGGUACACCCUUGGAUUCAGUAUCGAGCCGCAGGAGUGUCUGUCCUUGGUCCCGAGGGGUUUGCCUAGCAUGUUUGCUUUGUACGAUGGCUUUUCCUUCUAUAAAGUUGCCGAAAGGAUAGUGCGCGUUCAAGACAUUGAAGAUGCAUCAGUCUUCCAGUUUGUCGCUUGA